AUGUCGCUGUAUUUCCGGCGGCUCUUCAACCGGCGGCCGCCGGCCGGGCUCGUCGAGAUCUCCAGCAACAUUCUGGUAUUUGACCACUGCUUCUCCACGGAUAUGCUUGAAGAAGACGAAUUGAAGCCAUACAUUGGAGGCAUCUUAAAACAGCUACUUGCGCGCUACUCCAUUGAUUCAUUAAUGGUAUUCAACUUUGAGGGAGGAAAGAAGAACAACCAAACUGCCCGCAUUUUCUCAGGCUAUAAUAUGAGUGCGAUGGGUUAUCCACGUAACUAUGAGGGGUGUCCUUUGCUCACCUUGGAGAUGAUUCACCAUUUUCUUAGGUCUAGUGAAAGCUGGCUCUCAUUAAGCCAGGACAACUACCUGCUUAUACAUUCAGAACACGGUGGGUGUCCGGUCCUUGCUUUCGCAUUGGCAGCCCUACUGGUUUACCUCCGAAGGUGCAAAGAUGAGAGGAAGGCGUUGGAGAUGAUCCACAAAUAUGCACCACCUGGGCUGGUUGAGCUCUACUCACCACUGGACCCAGCACCUUCUCAUUUGAGAUACUUGAAGUAUGUGUCAAGACGGCACAAAUCACCAGAAUUGUGGCCUCCUGCUGACAGGACGUUGAACUUGAACUGUGCAAUCAUCAGGACGGUACCGAAUUUUGAUGGUGAAGGGGGAUGUAGGCCAAUAUUUCGAAUUUAUGGCCCAGACCCCCUGGCUCCUCAUGACAGCAGUGCCAAAGUUCUCUUUUCAACUCCGAAGACAGAUGAUUUUGUCCAGCUUUACACGCAGGAAGACAGUGAGAUAAUCAAGAUUAAUAUCCGAUGUCCUGUUCGAGGAGACGUUGUCAUGGAGUGCAUCAGCCUGGAUGAGGACUUUAAACAUGAAGUGAUGGUAUUCAGAGUUAUGUUUAGCACGGCUUUUGUUCAAGACAAUCUUCUGUUACUUGAUAGGGACGAGAUUGACAUUCUGUGGGACACGAAACACCGGUUUCCCGUAGACUUCAGAGUUGAGGUUAUAUUUUCGGAGAUCGAUGCGACCACAUCGAUUAACACUUCUGAGCCAUCAAGCGAAAGUGAAAGCAAUCACAUCACGGAUGCUGCAUCAGAACAGAAGGGUUUGAACAUCAGAACAGAAAUGAGCAAUGGCACACCUGAACAUAACAUUCCAGAUAGCAGAUCUGUCCAGACUUCUCAGACGGAACCAGAAAAUAUCCAUUCUUCUGCACCAGAAGCUGAAUCCGUAGGUCCAACCACUCAAGAUCGUGAACUCUCCAUGGAUGCACCAAAGUCUGAGGGUGACAACGAUGCUAUUGCUGAUACAUCAUCCUCGCAAGACGCUGAAUCUGUAGGCCCAACCUCUCAAGAAGAUGAACUCGCCGAGAACGCUUCUGCAGGGGAGGAAUCAGAAGGGAGUACAACCAAUAGCACAGCCAAUUCUGAUACGCAGUUGGCAGACCCCCCAGGUUCAGAAGCUGACGCAGCCACUGCUGAACGUUCUGACACUAACUCAGAGUCAGGUUCACCUUCAAGCAGAGCUUCGUCUAGCUCGCCAAAGUUUGACGAAGAUACCGAGGACGCUGGAACAGCUGGGGCCGAAGCACAGUCGUCUAGCUCGCCAAAGUUUGACGAAGAUACCGAGGACGCUGGAACAGCUGGGGCCGAAGCAGAGUCGUCUAGCUCGCCAAAGUUUGGCGAAGAUACCGAGGACGCUGGAACAGCUGGGGCCGAAGCACAGUCAAUAGAACUGGAAGGAUCUUGA